UGACAGCACCUUGAUGUUGGACUUCUAGCCUCCAGACCUGCUUUUGCUGGUCCUCAGGUGCCUGUAGGAAUGGGUGAAGCCCACCUGGCCUGUGGCACUCCCCAGUGGCCAUCAUUUCACUAGGGCCCCACGGUGGCAUUAGGAUGCACCUCUCGGCAGUGUUCAAUGCCCUCCUGGUGUCGGUGCUGGCAGCGGUCUUCUGGAAGCAUGUGCGUCUGCGUGAGCAUGCAGCCACUCUGGAGGAGGAGCUGGCCCUUGGCCGACAGGCCCCGGAUCCAGCCCCAGCACUGAGGAUCGACUACCCGAAGGCGCUGCAGAUCCUGAUGGAGGGCGGCACGCACAUGGUGUGCACUGGCCGCACGCACACAGACCGCAUCUGCCGGUUCAAGUGGCUCUGCUACUCCAAUGAGGCCGAGGAGUUCAUCUUUUUCCACGGCAACACCUCUGUCAUGCUGCCCAACCUGGGCUCACGGCGCUUCCAGCCAGCCCUGCUCGAUCUGUCCACUGUGGAGGACCACAACACCCAGUACUUCAACUUCGUGGAGCUGCCUGCUGCCGCCCUGCGCUUCAUGCCCAAGCCAGUGUUCGUGCCUGAUGUGGCCCUCAUUGCUAACCGCUUCAACCCCGACAACCUCAUGCACGUCUUCCACGACGACCUACUGCCACUCUUCUACACACUGCGGCAGUUCCCUGGCCUGGCCCACGAGGCCCGGCUCUUCUUCAUGGAGGGCUGGGGCGAGGGUGCGCACUUCGAUCUGUAUAAGCUCCUCAGCCCCAAGCAGCCACUGCUGCGGGCACAGCUGAAGACCCUGGGCCGGCUGCUGUGCUUUUCCCAUGCUUUUGUGGGCCUCUCCAAGGUCACCACCUGGUACCAGUAUGGCUUCGUCCAGCCCCAGGGCCCAAAGGCCAACAUCCUUGUCUCGGGCAACGAGAUCCACCAGUUUGCACGGUUUAUGAUGGAAAAGCUGAAUGUGAGCCACGCAGGAGCCCCACUAGGCGAGGAGUACAUUUUAGUCUUCAGCCGUACCCAGAACAGACUUAUCCUGAAUGAAGCAGAGCUGCUGCUGGCACUAGCCCAGGAAUUCCAGAUAAAGACAGUGACGGUGUCCCUGGAGGACCACACCUUUUCAGAUGUCGUGCGGCUGGUCAGUAAUGCCUCCAUGCUGGUCAGCAUGCAUGGGGCCCAGCUGGUCACUGCCCUCUUCCUGCCCCGUGGGGCAACCGUGGUUGAGCUCUUCCCAUAUGCCGUCAAUCCCGACCACUACACCCCCUAUAAGACGCUGGCCACACUGCCUGGCAUGGACCUACAGUAUGUAGCCUGGCAGAACAUGAUGCCAGAGAACACCGUCAUGCACCCUGAGCGGCCCUGGGACCAGGGGGGCAUCACCCACCUGGACCGGGCUGAGCAGGCCCGUAUCCUGCAAAGCCGUGAGGUCCCACGGCAUCUCUGUUGCCGGAACCCCGAGUGGCUCUUCCGAAUCUACCAGGACACCAAGGUGGACAUCCCAUCCCUCAUCCAAACCAUACGGCGUGUGGUGAAGGGCCGACCAGGGCCACGGAAGCAGAAGUGGACAGUCGGCCUGUACCCAGGCAAGGUGCGGGAGGCGCGAUGCCAGGCAUCAGUGCAAGGUGCCUCCGAGGCCCACCUCACCGUGUCCUGGCAGAUCCCAUGGAACCUCAAGUACCUGAAGGUGAGGGAGGUGAAGUACGAGGUGUGGCUGCAGGAGCAGGGGGAGAACACCUACGUGCCUUACAUCCUGGCCCUGCAGAACCACACCUUCACUGAGAACAUCAAGCCCUUCACCACCUACCUGGUGUGGGUCCGCUGCAUCUUCAACAAGAUCCUCCUGGGACCCUUUGCAGAUGUGCUGGUGUGCAGCACGUAGCGAGCGGGCCACAGCCGGGCAGGGAGGGGGUCCCUCCAGCCCAGCGUCCCCAGGUCCACUGACUCCGUAUGGUGACUUAAAGGAAUUCCUCACUUAUUUAUUGAGCAGGACUGUGCUUCCCUGUCAUCUUACUGCAUCUGGGGUGUGGUGUUGCAGCCCUCCUCUUUGCACUGGAGAGAUGGGAACCCGCUCUCCUCCCAUCCUCAUCAUCCAUAUCCCAGAGAAGUUGCUUAGCAGGAGCCAGAAGAGAAGCAGAAGGAAAGUAAGAAUCCCAAGGAUCCUCUUUGGCUCAGUGAUCAUUCUGUUCCCUUGUGAAUCCUUCUGGUUGAUAUCCAGGUUUCUGGAAACCAAGUAAUCAUGUGAUUGGGUGGGUGGGUCAUCAGCUUCUGUCACCUUGAAAUUCACAUGCAGCCCAGUGAAGGGUGUGUUUGGAACAUUCAUUAAAUGAUUAUAAACACCUUA